AUGGGUGUUAAACGAAAGGCGCGAGUUUGCGAAGCUGUCUCGGGACUGGAGUGGAGUGUACGGGGGCAGAGGAGUAGGUACUUUCACGAGCUGCAUGACAAGAUUCAGAACGAACCAGUUCCAAGUCCUGAUGGUGGGGACGAUUUGAUUCUAUGGAGACACUCGGGAGGCAAAUAUCGUGAUUAUUUCUUAGCUAAUGAAACUUGGAACCAAAUACGGGAUAAGCAUGAGAAAGUUGGCUGGAGCAGCAGUGUUUGGAUCGCUCAGGGGGUUCCUAUGUUUGCGUUCAUAACGUGGCUGGCGGUUAAGAACAGGCUUGCUACUGGUGAUAGAAUGCGGACAUGGGGCAUUCAGCAGGACUGUGUUCUUUGUGGGGAGAAAUAUGAGACGCGAGAUCACUUAUUCUUUGCUUGUCCCUACUCCUACACAGUGUGGGAUAGGCUUGCAAGCAAGUUAAUUGGCUUGUCCAUUAACCCAUAUUGGAAUGAUAAUCUUUGA